AUGAAUCGAACAACAAUUAGUGAUAAAUACGAGUAUGUCAAUGAGGAUUCCGUCAACGAAUAUUUAAAAUGUAAGAUAUGUAGCAAUCCUUUCAUCGAUCCUGUAAAAACGAAAUGCAAACCGAAAGAACAUGCAUUUUGUCGUCAUUGCAUUAGAGACUGGCUUCAACGAGAUUUAUCAUGUCCAACGUGUCGUCAAAAUGUUAAAAAUCAAGAUUUGACACCAAUCGCCGAGGGUAUUUUACUCGAUGUGCUUAAUAGGCUUCCUGUUAAAUGUCUAUUGUGUAAAAAAACAGGAAUAGAACGAGUCGAUUUUAAUGAACAUAUGGAUAAAAAAUGUACGAAACGAAAAAGUAAAUGUUCAUCAGCAGAUAUAGAAUGUCCAUGGACUGGACCAUAUGAUGAACUUGAAAAGCAUUUAAUAACAUGUCCAUAUACGGCAUUAAAUGACAUGCUCACUCAAAUUAUUACUAAUAACCGACAACUUACGGAACAAGUGAAUCAACAACAAAUUCAAAUCGACACAGGAAAAUUCUCAAUACCAAAUAAUAGGCCAUUGUCUGCUACAAAAGUGUCCUGUGACAAUUGUUCUGAUUGUUGGCGUGGUGCUGUUCGUGGUGGUUAUUUUCGAGGUCAACUCGGCGGUGGUUUUAAACCUGGUCACACUCUUACUCCUUGUGAUUGUAAUUGUCAUAAAUAA